AUUCGCCUCGAUCAACACAGCGAUUCACCUUUCGGUUGAUUGAAUUCGCUCCUCCUGUCUUUUCUCGGGAUUGAUUGAAGUCGUUAGUUAGAAUUUUGAGGGAUGGGAAGCGUCGAUGAUCACCGGAAAACAGACGCCGACGAGAUGGAUGGCGUCGGCUUCAGUGGCCCUCUCGGAAAGCGUGCCGGCGGAAGCAAUCGCAAGAGCGCCCGCUUCAGCCUCCCGCCCUCUGCUGCCGCCGGCGACGACGAGGAGUACGUGGAGAUCACCCUGGACUUGCGCGACGAUGCGGUGGCGGUGCGCAGCGUCAAGCCGGCGGGGGGAGCGGAGGCAGCGGAGGAGCCGGAGGUGUCGCUGCUGGCGCGGAGGCUGGAGCGGCGUUCGUCCUCGUUCUCGUCGAUCCGCUCAGCGUCGUCGCGGCUCCUGCAGGUGUCGCAGGAGUUCCUGCGGCUCGCGUCGCUGACCAAGUUCCCGACGCCGGCGGGGCCCAUCGACCGGUCAAAGUCAGCCGCGGCCCGCGCGCUGAAGCGGCUCAAGUUCAUCACCAAGGCGACGGACGCCGCCGGGUGGCCCGCCGUCGAGAAGCGCUUCGACGGGCUCGCCGUCGACGGCCUACUCCACCGCUCCCUCUUCGGGCAGUGCAUCGGCAUGAAGGAGUCGAACGAGUUCGCCAGAGAACUGUUCGACGCACUGGCCAGGAGGCGAAGGAUCGCCGGCGACGAGAUCACCAAGGAUGAGCUGCAAGAGUUCUGGGAUCAAGUCUCCGACCAAAGCUUCGAUUCCCGGCUCCAAACCUUCUUCGACAUGUUGGACAAGGACUUGGACGGAAGAAUAACAGAGGAAGAAGUCAAAGAGCUGAUCUCGCUGAGCGCUUCGGCCAACAAGCUGUCGACGAUCCAAGAACAGGCGGCGGAGUACGCCGCCCUGAUCAUGGAGGAGUUGGAUCCCGACAACCUCGGUUACAUCGAGAUAUAUAAUUUGGAGAUGCUGCUGCUGCAAGUGCCGAGCGAAUCGAUGCAGAUCGGGACGACGAAUAGUCGGAACCUGAGCCAGCUGCUGAGCCAGAAGCUUCGGUUGGCGAAGGAAGAGAACCCGGUGCGACGGUGGUACCAGCGGUUCCGGUACUUCAUGGAGGACAACUGGCAGCGGGUAUGGGUGAUGGCGCUCUGGCUCUGCAUCUGCGCCGGCCUCUUCACCUGGAAGUACGUGCAGUACCGGCGGCGGGCGGCGUACCACGUGAUGGGCGCCUGCGUCUGCGUGGCGAAGGGCGGCGCUGAGACGCUCAAGUUCAACAUGGCGCUUAUCCUCCUCCCCGUCUGCCGUAACACCAUCACCUGGCUCCGCACCAAGACCCGCCUCGGCCGCGUCCUACCCUUCGACGACAAUCUCAACUUCCACAAGGUGAUCGCCGUCGGCAUCGCCGUGGGCGUCGGGCUGCACGCGAUCUCCCACCUGACGUGCGACUUCCCGAGUCUGCUCCACGCGAGCGACGAGGAGUAUUACAGCUCGAUGAAGAACUUCUUCGGCGACCCACGGCCGGACGACUACUGGUGGUUCGUAAAGGGGAUCGAAGGCUGGACGGGCAUCGUCAUAGUGGUGCUCAUGGCCGUGGCCUUCACCUUGGCCACGCCUUACUUCCGGCGAGGCCGCGCUCGCCUCCCCAAGCCCUUCCACCGCCUCACCGGCUACAACGCCUUCUGGUACUCUCACCACCUCUUCGUCGUCGUCUACGUGCUCCUCCUCGUCCAUGGCAACUUCCUCUACCUCACCAAGAAAUGGUACAAGCGAACAACAUGGAUGUACCUGGCGAUUCCAUUGAUCGUGUACGCGAGCGAACGCUUAAUCAGGGCCUUCAGAUCAAGCAUCAGGGCGGUGAAGAUACAGAAGGUGGCGGUGUACCCUGGCAACGUGCUGACCCUCCAUGUUUCCAAGCCGCAAGGCUUCAGGUAUAGAAGCGGGCAGUACAUUUUCGUCAACUGCGCCGCCGUCUCCCCCUUCCAGUGGCAUCCAUUCUCCAUCACCUCUGCUCCACAGGACGACUACAUCAGCGUGCACAUUCGAACGCUCGGCGACUGGACAAGGCAACUCAAGGCUGUCUUCUCGCAGGUUUGUCAGGCACCGACCGGAGGGAAGAGCGGGCUGCUGAGGGCGGACUACGACGAUUGCAGUAGCGAUGGAUUCGCUCCAAGCUUCCCGAGAGUGCUAAUCGACGGGCCAUACGGCGCGCCGGCGCAGGAUUACAAGAAGUACAAAGUGGUGCUUCUGGUGGGGCUGGGCAUCGGCGCCACCCCCUUCAUCAGCAUCGUCAAGGACAUCGUCAACAACAUGAAGGAGCUGGACUCGCUGACGCCGGACGAAGAAGCCGGCGACGGCCCGCCGCAGUCAUCAUCGGCGUCGACGUCGUUCAAGACGCGGCGAGCGUACUUCUACUGGGUGACGCGCGAGCAGGGGUCGUUCGAGUGGUUCCGGGGGGUGAUGAACGAGGUGGCGGAGACUGACAAGAAGCGCGUGAUCGAGCUGCACAACUACUGCACCAGCGUGUACGAAGAGGGCGACGCCCGCUCCGCCCUCAUCGCCAUGCUGCAGUCGCUGCACCACGCCAAGAGCGGGCUCGACGUCGUCUCCGGCACCCGCGUCAAGUCCCACUUCGCCCGCCCCAACUGGCGCAACGUCUACAAGCGCAUCGCCCUCAACCACCGCGACGAACGCGUGGGGGUGUUCUACUGCGGAGCUCCGACGCUGACGAAGGAGCUACGUCAGCUGGCGCAGGAUUUCUCGCACAAGACCACCACGAAGUUCGAGUUCCACAAAGAAAACUUUUGAAAUGAAAACACUGACCACAAUAAUAAAUUGUAUUCAUUUAAAACAAAAAUCCAGGAAGCAAUCAAUGAUGACGAUUGAUGAAAACGUAACGAGUUUGAC